UCCGUUUCGCCUUUUGAAUUGCUGUUUACGUUGGCUGCUGUUGGUCCGCGUGUGUUGUGGCACGCACGAUGUUUGCCGGUGAAAUUGACGACGUGUGCUAUUUCGGAGUGCUGACAGCUUUACUGCUUCGUUGGGCGACAUCGUUAUGGCCUUACUCGGGUGCCGGCAAGCCACCCAUGUUUGGAGACUACGAGGCUCAGAGGCAUUGGCAGGAGGUCACUGUGAAUCUCCCAGUCACGCAAUGGUAUGAGAACUCAACCACCAAUGAUCUCCUCUACUGGGGUCUCGACUACCCUCCUCUGACGGCCUACCACAGUUGGUUGUGCGGGAAAGUUGCAGAAGUCAUCAAUGGAAGUUGGGUUGCCCUCAACACAUCACGAGGCAUGGAGAGCUAUGACCACAAGCUGUUCAUGCGAUACACGGUUCUGGCUGCCGACGUCCUUGUGUACUUCCCGGCUGUGCUGUUAUUCUGGAACUCGCUUUGUACUCCACUGAGGAUAAAGCCAAGAGAUGUGGCCAUUCAAAGUACCCUUACGUUGAUUGUUCCUGGCCUAGUUCUCAUCGACCACGGUCAUUUUCAGUAUAACUGUGUCAGUCUGGGCCUUUCUCUGCUGGCCGUGGCUUUUAUGGAACGCGAGCACCCCCUGCUUAGCGCGGUGGCGUUCUCGCUGGCGCUGAACUACAAGCAGAUGGCGCUGUACUACGCAGUCCCAUUCUUCUGUUACCUGCUAGGAUGCUGCUUUCAGCGGGAGGGACUCGGAUCCAAGCUGCGACUUUUUCUUGGCCUUGCCCUGGCAGUCACUUCCACAUUUAGCGCAUGCUGGGCGCCCUACCUGGGAAGCCCCGACCGAGCUUUGCAGGUGGUGAAGCGCCUGUUUCCCCUGGAUAGGGGUUUGUUUGAGGACAAGGUUGCCAACAUCUGGUGCACUCUGUCUAUCGUCGUCAAGCUUAAAAAUCUGUACUCGCCGACUGCACUCGCCUUUGCUAGCGGCCUUGUAACGCUCGGUACGGCAAGCAUCUCGGCUGUCGACGUGUUGCUCCGACCAACACCGGAGCGGUUUCGAUUCACUCUGAUAAACUGUUCUCUGGCCUUUUUUCUCUGCUCCUACCAAGUUCACGAAAAGACCAUACUGUUCCCGGUGCUUGCCUUCUAUCUCAUCUUAAAUAAGCAUCCUGGCCUGGUGGUGUGGUUCUCAACGUUGGCAACAUUUAGCAUGUUCCCACUGCUCUUCAAGGAUGGGUUGGUCACUCCGUACUUUGCCCUCGUCGUGCUGAACCUGGUGUUCGUGUACCAGGCUUACUUAAAAGACGCUGCGAGGAGCGGUCAUGUAACAUUGCUGUUUGUGCUGUCACUCACGGGAUGCAUCGCACUCAACGCUCUUCACCUCACGAUGCCGCCACCGGCCCGUUACCCAGACCUGCACCAGCUGCUCAAUGCGGCUUACAGCUGUGGCCAUUUUGUUCUGUUCCUCGUCUACACACACUACCUGCAGUUCCAGUUGCCAGCAUCACGAUUUACCAAGCUCAAGAAAAAGUAAGGCGCAACAUUUCCUGUGCGGAGCCUACGUCACGACAAGAAUGGGACAUCAAGAGAGUUUGUUGCGCACUUCUUUGGCAAAAGGGUUGUACGAUAGAAAAAUCAUCAUUGCUGUUCCAAAAUGACAAAUUUACGGCGAACGUCAUUUAGAGUGAGUGGCUGUGUACGAUCCGUAACAAGAUGUGACGGUGAGAAUUCGACGCUUGCUUUGCACAAUGUGCGUCGUGAUGCCAAAUUUCGAGGAGAGUGUGGCUGUUGCAUUGAGGGUUGCUCACAGUUGUCUCAGUGUCUCAACAUGACAAGACUGCGCAGCUACUUUUUUUCGCUGGGUUCUAUUUUGUCUGUUGAAUGUGGGCCAUGGGUUUUCAGAAGAGGCAUUUCACUUAUAGCAGGCGCAUAAGAUAGUCUAUAGGUUUUUUUUCUUCUUCAUAUUUAUGCAGCUACAAGCAACAUCUGCGAAGUGGUGCAAUGUUUGAGCUAAUUAAGCAUCUUUGUGUGGUGUUGACAUUUGGGAAAACGAACACUUGCUGUCAUCAGUUUUCGUUUGUUAGGGUGGAGUAAACUGAUGCACAUCCUCUGCCACUGCCAUCAUACCCGGAAUAAAUACUAAAGAGACAAGGGAUUUUUCUCAUACUAGUAAAUUACUCUUUAACCAUGCCAAAGUCACCACGUUCACGUGGCAAUCUGCUUGGUUAACGACAGAUGACGCAAAAAGAAAAUGCAAAUGGUGACACCACUUUCAAGUUGCUGCAUUAGUUGCCAUGACUGUAUAGAUAUUGACAGGGUUUGUUAGGGUCUACUUAUUUAUUAAUCAGUAAAACUGAAGUACAUUAUCUUUGGAGCAAGGCAAAGAGUUAAAAUAGCAAGUUUAGGGAAAUUUCAUUGAGUAAAUGUGGCCAAAAUAAGAAAAAAGGACACUUAGAAAACCGUGAAGUUACUAUCAAAGAUUUCAGCGUGACAUUUUGAAGUGAAACUCUUGAUGCUGAUUUUAUGAUGUAUUAAUGAACCUAUGAUGGCAAAAGAGGCAACAGUAUGGUUUGCAGAGUACAAGUAUUUUACUGUCAAACUUUAGUGUCCCUUUAAGAAUACACCACUUCCUACCAAAAAGUUACUUUUUGUAACAUAAAAAUUCAGUUUAAUCUCGUUAAGUGGAACUUCAUGAUGCUGAAAAAAUUGUUGUCAUUAACAAGCAUUUCUCUUACUGAGAAAUACGUGAGGUACAACAGUGUCUAUUGUACGCUGUCUCAGCAUCAUUAGGUAUGAGCUCAACGAACUAUAUGUAUCGGCUGAUUUGUCUUGUGUCGUAGGAACCACAACAUGUUAACACGUGUAACACACAACACAUUAAGAAACGUUGCUUUUAAUCUUCCGAUCGGUGGCCGAGUAACAUGCCGUUGUUUUGCAGUAUAGUCUUUGUGACAGUUCAUUAGAGUGGCUUCUUUAGUGGAAACAAACGUCGUGGGAACAAAUUUCGUAUCAUUCAUUGCUUGAAAAAAGAAAAGCAAUUCAAAAAUCAUUCAGCACUUGCUUUAGCGGUUUCAUCUGAGCGAUGUUCCGUUUUCCGAGAUUCUACUGCAUUGCGUCUUAUUAAUCUUAACAGGGAUUUUUGAAGGGCACUGUAAACCGAAGGGUACGAGUCGUACAGAUUUCUUGGAAGUUUUUGUCACAGUUUAUUAGACAUUGACAUCUUGAUUGAAAACAAACAUUGUGAAAACAUAUUUUAUAUUGUUCCUCUCUUAAAAAAAAAAACAAUUGAAAAAUCGUUCAGCACUUGCUUAUGUGGGUGCACAUGAGCGAUUCCCCAUUUUCCAAGAUUCUACUGUUUUAAUCUUAAACGUACGAGUCAUAUAUUCAGAGUUCCUUGGAAGUUUUUGAUGCAGUGCCUUGAUCGAUGUUGCUAGUCAGACACCUCAGUGUGUAUUAAGAGCUUUUAGGUACUACAGAACAUAAGACUGGACUUGACUGGACUUGACUGGCAUUCAGCUGUGCUGCACGCUUUUUAGUCAUGCAAGACGAUCUUGCUCAUCAGCAUAGUUGUGUUCGGGAAUGUUGCAUGCUGGCUCCAUUUGUGUGCACUUGAGUGCUUAACGCAAGGCAACAUGCCUUCUAUAUGUGUUGUGAGCCAUGAUAGGCUAGUGUUUGAAAAAAUGUUUGUUAAUCCCUUGUUUAGAAAAAAAUUUGUGAUUGUUUUUCAAGCGUACAACUUACUAGUUCAGGUUUAAAGUUUCUGUUUUCUGCCCUUGCUUUAAAGAAAAAUUGUGAUUAUGUUUUAAGGGGUACUGACACAAAAUUUGACGGUCCCAAAUAGCCUGUCGCGGUCGGUUCCUGUCAGCAUUUGCAUAUCAUCUGUAAAUAUAUCAAAAGUGAAUAUAGCUUGGAAGGUAUUUUAAAUAAUUUUUAAGGUGUGCGAAGCCCUCGAUUACAUCAUGCCAUUGACACCCUCGAAGGGGACCCUUUGGGACCCCCUACUUCGCCUCAUUGUCACCACAGAUGCAGUCAAUAAAACAAGUUAUGACGUCAUGGCCGCCAUUUUUUUUUUUUUUUUGCCGCAUUGGUUCCUGCAGUUUAUACUUCUUGGCGGCUGGUCGCAAGUGCGUAGCCUUGUCGCACGCUUUGAAAGUUUUGUGUCUGGCGACACUGUAGUCCCGUUUCCUAUUCGAAAGUAAUCUUUGAUGCGGACUGUGCGGAAGUAUGUCACAGUUCCGUGUGCUGAAGUGGUCGAGAGCUGCACACGCUACAUGGCGAUUGUUGCACCCGGCGGCUUCUUGUUCUUGGAGCUCUCUCUAAUCGAAACUGAAAAUGGUCCGUAAUGAGGCGCCUGUAAUUAAUUAUCUAUCAUGUGCUGCAGCAAACAAUGUGUCGUGUUAGGACUAACAGGCUUCCAGCAACACGUUACAGUAGAAAAACGUGAGACCAAUGUUUUUGUGUCAGUACUCCCUUGAGGGCAUGACUUACAAGUUAGUUUAAAAAUUUUUUUUCAGCCCUUGUUUAGAAAAAAUUUAUUAUUAUGAUUUAAGGGCACUACUUACAAGUUCAAACAUAUUUUUGUUGUGCCUGCUCACAUGCAACUCAUGUUCUUGUGCCAAGUGUUAUUGUGCAUUGUCGUAAUGUUUUAUCGAUCUCAACUGAUUUAAACAGCUUUUUCAGAGUGUAAGGUCACUCUUGGCAGUUAAAACUUUUAAUCUGGUUGUCAUAAAUUCGUCUGCGUUUAGUGUCUGUGUGGCUUCACUGCUAUAUUUAAUACUGUAAUGCUUUUUAAUGUGCUACGCAUUCAUACCUUGUUCUAUGCAAGUGAACAUAUGAAGUGUUCAUCUUGAUGCGAAAAUUCUCAAUAAAUUUUCAUGCAGGUUGGUAA